AUGCAAAAACUCAAUACGAUUAUGAACACAUUGGGGGAAAAUAAAAAGUAUGUAGACUAUUUAAUAAGGACGGAACAAUUUGAAUUAUUAGCACAUGAAGGGUUAAACGAGAAAAAUAUUUAUGAUAUAAUAAAUCAAAUAAAAGAAUUUGAGUUAAUGUAUCCUGAUGGUUUUAUUAAAUAUAUUGAAAAAGGAAGGGAAUUUUUAAAAAGGUCUCAAAUGAAUAUUAAUGAAUAUUAUAAUUAUAAAAUCGAGAAACCAGAUAAUUUAAUAAAAAUCAAGUUUCAUCUUACUAAUGAUAUAACAUUCAAAAAAGAGGAUAUAAAAAAUAAUUUUCUGAAUGUGGAUAAUAAAUUAUUAUAUAAUAAUUAUUAUAUAAACAAUAAUAUAUUAUAUCGUAAUAAAACUUUUAAUCCUAUUUUAAAGAAGAAUAAAAAAAAACACACUUCUUAUCAUCAUAGAGAAAUAUUAAAUAAUUCUCAUGGUGUAUCAUCAAAUGAAUCCACACCUGUAAAUAUAUUAAAAAAAAAAAAAGAAAAAUCUAAUAUGUAUAUUAAUAAACAAUAUCCUACAUAUGUCAAUGGGAUUAGACAAAUUAAUACCCAUAAAAAUGUAAAGGAUGGAAGUUAUAAUGAAGAUAAGAAAAUAAAAUAUUCCGAAAAAGGUAAUAUGUCUGAUUAUAAAUGUAGUUUAGGAAUAUUAAAUAAUAAUCAUCAAAGAUCAUACGAAGAAUCCAAUAUUUUUACUUUAGAACAAUUUCUUUAUUAUGAAAAAAUAGGAUUAGAUCAUAUAGAUAAAAUAUCGUUCAUUUUAUUAGCUGGAGGAUUAGGAGAACGUUUAAAACAUAAAGAUAUAAAAAUAAAACUAUUUACAAAUCUUAUAUCCGAACAAACUUAUAUUGAAUAUUAUUGUAAUUAUAUAAGAUCUUUUGAAAAAUAUAUAAAGAAAGAAAAAAAAAAAAAAAUGAAUAUCCCAUUUAUUAUUAUGCUAUCUGAUGAUACUUAUGAAAAAACCUUAUGCUUUUUUGAAGAGAAAAAUUAUUUUGGGUUAGAAAAAAAUCAAGUACAUUUUUUAAAACAGAAUAAAGUAUUUUGUUUUAAAAACAAUCAAGCGCAUUUAGAUUUUACAUACGAAAAAAAUACAUUCAUCAUUUCCAAAAAACCACAUGGUCACGGUGAUAUACAUUAUUUAAUAAACAAAUACAACAUUUUAGAUAAGUUAAUAAAAGAUGGAUACAAAUAUUUAUUUUUCUUCCAAGAUACAAAUGCUUUAGCAUUAAAGGUGUUAUUUGUUUGUUUAGGUGUAUCAAUCCAAAAACAGUUACAUAUGAAUUUUUUAGCUGUAUCUAGAAAACCUGGAGAAGAAAUCGGAGCUCUUUGUACUUUAAAUAAUAAUGAAAAAUCUAUGACAGUCAACUUAGAGUAUAAUAUAUUUGAUUCUUUAUUAUCAUCUAAUGAUAUAAAGGAAGUUAUACAGAAGGAUGGAUUUUCAUUAUACCCUGGGAAUACAAGUGCUAUCUUAUAUGAAAUAAAUAAGUAUAAUGAAAUAUUAAAAAAAACAAAUGGAAAUAUACCAGAAUAUAUUAACCCAAAGUAUAUGGAUAAUACGCGUAACCAUUUUAAAUGUCCGACUAGAAUAGAAAGUAUGAUGCAGGAUAUAGCAUUGUAUUUUUAUGAACACAAAAGGAAUAAAACAACCCAAGCAUCAACGGUAAUGCGAGAGAAUACACAAAUGGUCAUGCGAGAGAAUACACAAAUGGUCGUGGGUGACAAUACACAAAUGGUCAUGCGAGACAACACACAAAUGGUCAUGCGAGACAACACAUCAGUCGUAAUAUCAAAUAAUAGCAUAUGUAAUAAUAAAAAUGGAAAUAAUAUGGAUGAUAUAAAUUUAUAUGAUAUUACAAAUGUAGGAGUUACCGAAUUAGAUAGAUGCUUAUGCUUUUCACCUGUUAAAAAUAAUUCAAUAAAUGCAUACAAAAAAAUAUUAAAUAAUAUCCAUCCGGAAUGUAUGUUUAGCGCAGAAACCGAUUUAUAUUAUAGUAAUUGUAGGUUUAUACAACUAGCAUGUAUAUAUAAUAAAAAGAAAUUUAUACUAGAUGAAAUUCCAACGAAAACGUUUAAUGGUAUAUCAUAUUUUCUACCUCCUAAAAUUUUAAUAGAACCUGAAUUUUCUUUUACAUUAACACAUUUAAUAAAAAAAAUAAAAGGAAAUAUAACUAUAAAAAAUGGAG